CCUAUUGGAAAGAACUUAGCUGAGAAUAAAAGUUACAUCUAUGCAGCCUAUCAGCUCCCGGGGAGCAAUAGCCUAAUCGUGUGAAUGAAAAUAACCCAAGUCCUUCACUAAUCCCAGCCUAUCCUUUUUAUCUCAGGAUUCAGACCAGGCGGAGCAGUAUGGAGCUGUGAGCCUGCACAUCACCAUCAUGCAUCCGAUGCCUCGUUAGACAGAGCUGUUGCGAUUUUUUUUUUUAUAAAAUCGUAGUUUAGCUGCAUAGAGUUUAGUAGCGUGCAGGAGGGAAAAUGAAUCCACAUUUUAUUGCUGCAUUUUGUUUGGCUUUAAUUUUUCUUCCUGUGCUGAGCAUUUCAUGCCCUGCACAGUGCAGCUGCUUCUUCCACAAACUAAGCGAUGGAUCAAAAGCAAGAAGUGUUCUGUGCAAUGAUCCAGAAAUCACUGUGGUCCCUCCAAAUUUUCCCGUUGACACAUCAAAGCUGCGUAUCGAAAAGACAGCAAUCACAAGGAUUUCAAGCAACAACUUCCACUACCUCAACAACCUGGAAUUUCUGUGGAUGUCAUUUAACUCGCUGAAUUCAUUGAAUGUGGACAGUUUUCGAGGUCUUAACAACCUGGAUGAGCUCCGGUUGGAUGGCAACUCCCUCACCUCCUUUCCCUGGGAGUCUCUGACUGAUAUGCCCAACCUGAGGCUCCUCGAUCUGCACAACAACAAGAUCUCAACCAUCCCUGCCGAGGCCACUGUGUACAUAAAGAAUUUCACCUAUCUAGACUUGUCCAGCAACAGUCUGACCACGGUUCCUGGGGAUGUUCUCACAAUGUGGCUGAGUGUGAAGCCAUCCCAAGACACGGAUUCUUCCAAACUAAUUCUAGGUCUUCAUGACAACCCAUGGCUGUGCGACUGCCGGCUGUAUGAUCUUGUCCAGUUCCAGAAAUCCCCGUCAUCUUCCGUGGCUCUCAUCGACACACGGCUUAGGUGUGCUGAUCCGGAGAGCUUGUCAGGGGUACUUUUCACAGAAGCAGAGCUGCAGAGAUGCCAGGGCCCUCGGGUGCACACGGCUGUGGCCCGCGUUCGAAGCUCAUUAGGUAAUAACGUCCUGUUGCGGUGCGGCACAGUCGGAGUCCCCAUCCCCGAACUGUCCUGGAGCCGCGCUGAUGGCAAGAAAAUGAACGGCACAGUUCAGGAAGAGAUUUCAAAGGAGGGCAUCAUUUGGUCGAUUCUGAGCGUGCCUGCAGUCUCAUACCGUGAUUCUGGGAAAUACCUGUGCAAAGCAACAAACUUUGUGGGCACUGCAGAUGCCAUCAUCUCCUUGGUGAUCACAGAUUCUAUUAAAUCAGAAGAAGUAGGCGGCGGUGUUUCAAAGAGACCCAGAGGGAAGAAACCUGGUGGCAUCGGAAGAGCGGCAUACCAAGAAAAACUUAUUGCCAGAUAUGUCCCUCCUCCGACCACCACGGCUGCCCAACCCAUCAUCGAACCUCUCAACGGCAAAGGUGUAACUGGGAAGUACGAGAUUGAGAGCUACAGUGUCUCUGACGAUGCCUCUCCCGGAGGUGGCAAGGGAUCUGACCCCAAGAAGGCACUGGAUAUGCAGAAGGAUAUUAUGGGUAACUUAGUGGCAAAUGCCUCAUCCUUACAGCAAGCUCCUGAGAAAAGGAUUGUGCGAUCAGUGAAGGUGAUUGGGGACACUGAUCAUACUGUUUCCCUGAACUGGCGAGCCCCGACGGCAACAAACACCACGGAAUUCAGUGUCCUAUAUGCUGUUUUUGGCGAGAGGGACAUGCGUAGAAUCAAUGUAGGUGCUGGAAAGAAUCGGAUCACGAUCGACAGCCUUGUCCCAAAGACAAAGUACAUUGCUUGUGUUUGCGUCAAAGGCCUGAUCCCAAAAAAGGAGCAGUGUGUAAUCUUCUCAACAGAUGAGGCGGCCAGUGCCAGUGGCACUCAGAAGCUCAUUAAUGUGGUGGUGAUCACGGUGGCUUGUGUGAUCGCCGUUCCCCUCACACUGAUUGUGUGCUGCGGGGCCAUAAAGAAGCGCUGUAAAAAGCUGCUGGGGCGGCAGUCUAAGGAUAUUCAAGACUCAUACGUCACCUUUGAGACCCUCGGGCCUGGGGGCAAAGCUAAAGGGAUGGAGGGGGAGUAUCUGACCAGGCUAAAUCCUGAUGAAUCCAACAGGUUGCUAUCAACAAGGUCCAGUGUUGACUCUGAGGCAACAGCAAGGACUGAGGGCCCCCCCAAUGAGUACUUCUGCUGAAACCAAACCUUUACAACCUCCAGAGAAUGCACUUUGUUUUCUAUCAGCCUGAGAUGUGAAUAGAUACACCUCCGUCCUCAGAGACUUAAAGAUCUUCUUCUGAGGGUCUUCGGAGGACACUUAUAGCUCUGUCGUUAUUGGAUGUAUGGAAUUUUUUCAGCCUUGUGGGAAUAAAAACCACCAUUCAUUAGGUGGGCAACAAAAAGGGAAAAUAGACACAUUGACACAAUUUCAAUCUUUUCAUGUGGUGUAAAUGUGUUCAAAUAAGCUUUUUUUUUAUUCAUAAAGCACUUUCAAAGGUGAUGUUUGUUAGAGGAACAUGUCGGGAAAUGUUGCCCUACAUUGUCUAAAACCCAAUCUUUUUUUUCUCCAUGCUGUAACCUCUGCACUGUUAUUAUCUUCAUUUGAAUCAUAAAAUGUUUAGGAAAAAAAAGAUGAACCAGCAGCUAGUAGUCUCUUUUGUAUGUUGGUAUGAAGUUGAUGUGCCAGGUUUACUGUUGGUUCUGAAACCUUCAACACAAUUCAUUUCACUGUGUGUAAAUAUUAUUGACCUGCAAUUUGUGUGUGUAUGAAUGUACUGUACAAAAUAAAUAUUUUUAUAUUGAUUUACA